AUGGCGCUCACGAGGGAGGACCACCCUCCGACCGAGACGAGUCCUCUCCUCGGCGACGAGCAGAAUAUUAAUGGCACCGCCAGCGUCGACCCGGAGGGCGCGCCGCCGGCACCGGAACCGGCACCAGAAACGACGGGAGACGCCCAUGAGAUCGCUCUGGCUGAGGAGCCCAGCACCAAGAAGCUCGUCGCCAUCAUGGCCGCGACCUGGAUUGGCGUCUUUUUCGCUGCGUUGGACACCACCAUCGUCGCCACUCUCACCGCCCCCAUCUCGUCCAGCUUCGACUCGCUCUCCCUCCUCUCUUGGCUGGCCACGGGCUACCUGAUCGCCAACUCGGCGUGCCAGCCGCUGUCGGGCAAGCUGACCGACAUCUUCUCGCGGCGGUGGGGUUUGAUCUUCUCCAACGUCUUCUUCGGCGCCGGCACGCUGCUGUGCGGGCUGGCGCCCAGCGCGGGGGCCAUCAUCGCCGGCCGCAUCAUCGCCGGCGUCGGCGGCGGCGGCCUCACCUGCAUUGCCACCUACAUCACCAGCGACCUCGUCCCGCUGCGCCGUCGCGGCCUGUGGCAGGGCUACGGCAACCUGGUCUACGGCCUGGGCAUGGGCCUGGGCGGCGUGUUCGGCGGCGUGCUCGCCGACAAACUCUCCUGGCGCUGGGCCUUUCUGCUUCAGGUGCCCUUCAUCGCCGUGUCGGCCGUCAUGGUGGUGUUCCUGGUCGACAUCCCCGUCAACCCGAGCACGCGCCCGCCACUGUCGCGCAUCGACUUCUUGGGCUCGGCCUUCCUUGUCGCCAGCCUGGUGCUGCUGCUCCUGGGGCUCAACACCGGCGGCAACCAGCUGCCCUGGUCGCACCCGCUGAUCGUCGCCAGCCUGGUUCUCUCGGCCGCCACCCUCGCCGCCUUCAUGUACCUGGAGUCGCAGCCGCGCUGGGUGCCGGAGCCCGUGCUGCCCGUGGCCUUGAUCGCCCGCACCCGCACCGUGCUCACGGCCUGCCUCGCCAACUGGUUCGGGACCAUGGCCGCCUUCCUGGCUAUCUACUACGUGCCGCUGUACCUGCAGAUUCGCGGGUUGUCGGCCACCGCCGCUGGGCUGCGCGUGGUGCCGCUGGCCGCCGCGACGUCGCUGGGCAGCCUGGCGUCGGGCAUCCUAAUGCGCGCCACCGGACGGUACUACGCGCAGAUGAUCGGGGUGAUGGUGACGUUCGUAGCCGGGACGGGCCUGCUGUGCUCGUUCCAGCUGGACACGCCGGCGUGGGAGACGUUCGUGUUCCCGGCGCCCCUGGGCUUCGCGUACGGCGGCAUGCUGACGAUUACGCUGGUGGGCAUGAUCAGCGCGGUGGACCACGCGCACCAGGCCGUCAUCACCGCGGCGUCGUACGCCUUCCGGUCCACGGGCUCGACCAUCGGCAUCACCAUUGCCGGCGCCGUGUUCCAGAACAUCCUGACCCAGGAGCUGCGCGACCGCUACGGCGCCCUACCGGGUAGCGAGCACGUCAUCCGCCGCAUCCGCGACUCCCUCGACGGCAUCAACCACCUGCCCGCCGGCUGGGACCGCGCCGCCGUCCUGCACAUCUACAUGGACGCCCUGCGGGGGGCCUUCGUCGCCGGGCUCGGCCUGGCCGUGCUGGCCGCCAUCGCCGCGCUGGGUAUGAAGGAGCACACUCUGCACAAGAACCUUGCGAGGAAGAGAAGUGCAGGAGAAGUUGGAGCAUGA